GCGCCAAUGUGCAGGGAAAAGGCGCAAUUUGGUGCGUGGGCUCCUACGGACAGCAACGGCGGUGGCGGCUGCCGCCGGUCUAGUCCCGGGGAAGAGGACUGGAAGAGGAGGGGCCGCGGAGGCUGGGCUCCCCUGUUGCCAGGCUGGCGUGUGCCAAGGCGAAGGCGCCACCUCUGGCGCUCAACUGACAGCCGGCCCGCCUCCCCUCGGCUCUCCCUCCUCCCCAGGGAGGCUGUGGGACUCCCCUCAAGUGUGGCCAGACAGACCCAGCCCAGCCAGCCGAUCGCCGCGUCCUCCCUCGGCAGUCGGCCGGGCGAGAAAGCGCGAUGCAAAACCGCGGAGGCGGCAGGCAAGCCUUUGGCAGCCUCUGCCCCAAUAGGGUGCACGAUCUGGCCGAGCGGCUGGCCAAAAAGCCGGGCAAAGUAGAGAAGAAGGUGCCACGGAAGACCCACACCACCAGAAGCAACAACCCAGUUGCCAUUUAUAACGAUCCAUCUCCGGACUCUGUAGAUUUAGCGUUUGCUACGAUCGACUGGCAAGACUUAGCCGACUGCACCUCAGUCUUUCAGCAGGAGGUUUCUAGAGACAAUACCACCCAGCAGGUAACUGACAGGCCACUCCUGCCAAGUCCCUGCAGGACAGACUUGGCCGCUGCUUUCUUUGCUAGGCACCAAGCUCGCAUGCGGGCAGCGUUCGCAAGACCCGAAGUACCCCUGCAGGGGUUAUUUAGGAGCCAGUGCCUGUCACCAGGAGCAAGUACUCUUCAAAGAGAAGCCGGGUACUUAACUUUCCCUAAAGUGGAGAAGUGGCAGUAGUAGUGCGAUUCGGGAUCUUUCUCCUGCGAGCAGCUAUUACCUUGAAUAUGAAGAGUGAAAAGUCUGAUCCUCAACCAUUUGCUGCUGUUUGGAUCGGAAAGUGGAAUCACCUCGGAAUAAGUGGGUUGAAAAGAUCUCACAUUGCGCGUUAGAAUGUAUCUGAGAUUCAGCUCAGUUUGGAAAGUGUGAUUUUUUAAAAAUAAAUGUGUUUAAUCAUUUUAA